UGGGCUUAUCAAGAAAUCGGAUAUUCCAAGGAAUUAUUAAACUUAUGUCUGAUGUCUACUCAAACGUCGACGUUCGGCAAUUGAACGCUGGCCGUUUCCCCAAAACCCAAUCAAAACUUUGUGCCCUAAUUUUUUUACUGCUCAUUAUUGUGCAACUAUACUUUUGGGAAUCAAAUUAUCUUUUGUGUUGAAUUUUUGCGGAAUCGUCAUAGUAGGCGUUGAGAGCGGUUUUUUACCGGAGUUUCAGUCUGAGUUUUUUGUUAAUUUAAGUUUAACCUAUUUGUUCUUUCUGAAACUGUGACUUAUCAUAUUGGGUCGAUCAACACAUUAAGCGAAGGAGAAGUAGAGGAUUUUGUAUUAUUUAGUAUGGUGGAUCAAGAGAAAGAGUCGAUUCUUCAAUUUGCACCCUUUCAAAGUUCAGUGGAUGAGGGUUUUUGGCACAGGUUAUCAUCGUUGAAGCUUAACAAACUGGGGAUUGAUGAGUCUCCUAUUCCUAUCACGGGCUUUUAUGCACCUUGCUCACAUAAUCAGGUGUCAAAUCACUUAACUCUUCUUGCUGAAUCUUUACCACCUGAAUCUAGUGAACCAUCAUUUAUGCCAGCAAUAAGUCGUGGUAACAGAAAUAGAUGUCCUGUCCCCGGCAUUCUCUACAAUACAAACACAUUGGAGGGAUUCCAGGCUCUUGACAAACAGAGCCUCAUCAGGGCAGUAGCAGAAAAGAUCUGGGAGGACAUUAACUCAGGCAAAGUUGAGGAGGACAGUAGUGUUCUUUUACGAUUUCUUGUUAUUUCUUUUGCUGACUUGAAAAAAUGGAGCUUUCACUACUGGUUUGCUUUCCCUGCUUUGGUUCUUGACCCUCCAGCAACUGUGGUUCAUCUGAAACCAGCUGCUCAAUGGUUUAGUGUGGAAGAGGCAGAAUCUGUGAGAACGGCUUGUAAUGAAUGGCGUAACAUGUGCUCAACAACAGAUGUUCCAUUCUUCCUGGUGUCUAUUUCUUCAAAUUCAGCUGUGACUAUUAGGCAUCUUGCUGACUUUGAAGCUUGCCAACGUGACGGUCAUAAGGUCCUGUUUGGAUUUUAUGAUCCUUGUCAUCUUCCAAAUAAUCCUGGCUGGCCACUUCGAAACUUCUUCUGGUUUAUUUGCAGAAAAUGGAGUCUUCAGAAGAUUCAUUUUUUUUGCUAUCGUGAGAAUCAUGGUUUUGCCGACCUGGAAUUAUCCUUGGUGGGUGAAGCAUCAAUACCAAAUAUGCAAGAAUUGAGAAAUCAUCAGAACAUGCCAAAUGUUGUUGGUUGGCAACAUAAUAGCAAAGGAAGAAAAACUUCAAGGUGUAUCAGCCUUGCCAAGACAAUGGAUCCAACUAGGUUAGCAAUUGCAGCUGCUGACUUGAACUUAAAGCUAAUGAGAUGGCGUCAACUGCCUUCCCUAAAUCUCAAUGUCUUGUCAUCUGCAAAAUGUCUUCUUCUUGGAGCUGGUACACUCGGAUGCCAGGUCGCCCGCAUGCUUAUGGCAUGGGGCGUUCGGAAGAUCACACUUGUUGAUAGUGGCAAAGUGUCCAUGUCUAAUCCACUUCGCCAGUCCCUGUAUACCUUGGAUGAUUGCCUAAAUGGUGGUGAAUUUAAGGCUAAAGCAGCAGUAAAAAGUCUAGCGCGGAUAUUUCCAGCGGUGGAAGCAGAGUCUGUGGUAAUGGCUAUCCCAAUGCCUGGGCAUCCUGUACCAAGUCAAGAAGAGAAUAGUGUGCUUGAGGACUGCCAACACUUGCAUGAUCUGAUUGAUUCUCAUGAUGCAGUAUUUUUGCUAACUGAUACACGUGAAAGUAGAUGGCUCCCAAGUCUUCUUUGUGCAAAUGCCAACAAGAUCACGAUUACUGCUGGGCUAGGGUUUGAUAGCUUUGUAGUUAUGCGCCAUGGAGCUGGUCCACUGAGCUCUUCUGAUGAAGUAAAAGAUGCAGAUCUGAAUGAUUUAUCUGCAGCAGUUGGAAGUCUCUCUCUCAUGGAAAACAUUAGGAUUCAGAGAUUGGGUUGUUACUUUUGCAACGAUGUUGUUGCUCCUAUUGAUUCAACCUCCAAUCGUACGUUAGACCAGCAAUGUACUGUUACACGUCCAGGGCUUGCUCCUAUUGCAUCAUCUCUUGCAGUUGAACUUCUUGUAGGUAUUCUGCACCAUCCUUCUGGGAUAUUGGCCAAAGCUGAAUUUUCUAGCUCAACUGAUUCUGGCUGUGAGCAACCACUUGGUGUUCUACCCCAUCAAAUUCGAGGCUCCCUCUCUCAGUUUUCUCAGAUGACCCUCGUAGGCCAUGCCUCGACUAGUUGCACAGCCUGUAGCUCCACUGUGGUCUCGGAAUAUGGGAAGAGGGGUUUGGAUUUCAUCCUUCAAGCCAUUAACCAUCCUACUUAUCUGGAGGAUCUAACUGGCCUAACCGAACUGAUGAAAUCCGCAGGGUCUUUUGAACUUGACUGGGAUUACGAGGGUGGUGAUGAGGACGAGGAGUGUGUUGAAAUUUAGCAUUUUUUUUUAUAAUUUGAUGUAACAUUCAGUUUAUUGCGGUUUUUUUUUAGUAUUGUAUGCGAAUAAAAGGAAAAGUUGCGUAAGUGGCAAAUCCAUCUUUUCAUCGCU